AUGACCCAGCAGCGUCCGCAUGGGGACGGUGUGGUCGCAGACAGGGCCGCAUUCGAGGCAAAAUACCAGUUUGUCCGGGCCAUUGGAGACGGGGGCCAGGCCGGCGUCUACGAAUACCGGCGUCGCGCGGCCCCAGAGAAGCGCGUGGCAGUGAAAGAAUUUGGUAGCUUGACCUCGCGGGAAUGGCGCAUAUUGGCGGCAGUACGCCACCCGCACAUUUGUGGACUGGUGGACGAGGCACGUUACGAGAACCCACGGGUCCGUACCACCAAAAUUGUCGUGGAUUGCAUGGACAUGAACCUGCAAUCCUUUUUGCAGGCACGUCAGCGGCAUGCGGGCAAGGAAGGGAAGCCAAGCGUGGAAGAGAACAAAAAAAACAAGAGCGCAGAUUGUCAAGAGAAGGAGCAACGUCGGUUGCAUAAAGUUAAGAAGGGCGGGUGGGACGGGGGGGAAGGGGAAGGCCUAAACCUGCCCAAGGCGGCGAUGGACGUGGAAACGGUGCGGGAGAUUUUACAUCAAGCUGGACAACAUCCUCCUCCGCCUUGACAGCCAGGACAAGUCGUCCAUCGCCCGAGACCCAGAGAGUGGUCGGCUCUCCAUCAAACUCGCGGACUUCGGCCUCGCCAUGCUGCUUGGAGGGGCGUCGCCCUGCCCUCCCUCCCCCUCU